AAAUGCAACGCCAUAAAGUCUGCUUCUUCUUCUUCGGCCGGUAACGGCAACACUUCCUCUGCAACUCUUCUACUCCUUUCACCUCCAUCAAUGGCGUUCAAUUCCACUUCACUCUCUGAUUUCACUCAGAGCAUUUUCUCCUACAACAGCAACGUCAUUCUCGCCGCUCUCAUAUCUCUUCUCCUCGUCGUCCUCUUUGUCCUUCUCCUCCAUGCCUACGCCAAUUGUUUCUUCCCUCGGCCUCGCCACCGCCAUGCUCAGCGGAGUUCCGUCACUGUCUCCUACGUCCUUGGACCGCCUCGCCUCUCGCGUUUCGAAUCGAUUCCGUUCGAUUUAGGCUUCGCUCAGUCGAAAGGUCUUGACUCGUCUGUAAUCUCUGCGAUUCCGCUGUUCGUUUAUGAAUCGGAGGAGAAGAAGUGUGCAACGGUGAUGGAGUGCGUGAUUUGCCUCAGUGAAUUUGAGGAACGAGAAAUCGGACGACGGUUGCCGAUAUGUAACCAUGGAUUUCACCUUGAAUGUAUCGAUAUGUGGUUGAAUUCUCACGCGAAUUGUCCUGUUUGUAGAGCGCCAGUAGUCGCAGAGGCGGUGGAAUCUGGCCGGUUGAGCGGCGAGAGGGAAAUCGGAGAAGAGAUUGUAACGGAGGAGCGGACUAAUUGUGAGAUUCAGAGAAACGAGGAGCAAAACGGUCAGUUUCAUUCUUCUUCUUCCUCUUCAAGUUCUUCGACUGAUCCGCCAUUGAUGUCGCUUGGAGCAUCUUUGAAGCGAAUGUUGAGUAGAAACAGAUCGAAUGGAAGGAUUUUCCCCUCUUCCAAUGGCGAUGAAUUAAAUGUUUGAAUAAGGAAGAAAGCAUUGGAUCCGCCAUUUGUACAGAUUUUUUGCUUCACUUUUUACAUACAUUUCAUUAAAGUAAACUUCUCUGCUAGGUUAGUAAUAGUAAAUCCAUCCUUCUUCGUGA